CACUAGAGCACUUCCCACAAGAAAAGCUCGAGGGUUGUGGAUUUGGAAUACUUUUUCUUGCUACUUAUCUCUCCUACGUCAGAAGGCGCUGCGAUCUCCGGCGAGGCCCAAAACCUGUUCGUCUCUCGGUCCGUCGUUCUCGCCGGCGUCAACUUAUCAUUGGACGACCGGACGCUUCCUCUUACUGUCAUUCUCUCGUCUUUCUUCUGCUACAAGUACGCAGAUUCGUCUUCAGCCAACGUGGAAGGAGGAAUCGGCCAAUAUGUUUGGCUCCACCAAUCCUUUUGGGCAGUCUUCAAGCAGCCCGUUUGGUUCUCCUUCAGUGUUUGGGCAAACAAACAGUGCUGCCAAUAACCCUUUUGCUCCAAAGCCAUUUAGUAGUCCAAAUCUUUUUAGUUCUCAGACAGGUCUUUCAGCGUUCGGCGUAUCAACUGGGGUCUUUGGGCAACCCACUACACCGGCAUUUGGUGCUUCAUCUACACCAGCAUUUGGUGCUUCAUCUACGCCAGCAUUUGGGAGUUCAAUGCCUUCCUUUGGGGCUUCAUCUACCCCAGCAUUUGGGACCUCUUCGUCUUCUUUUGGUGGAUCUUCUGUUUUUGGGCAAAAACCAGCUUUUGGAGGAUUUGGAUCUACUCCCAGCCAAGCUAGUCCAUUUGGCAGCUCAUUUCAACAAACUCAGCCAGCAUUUGGAAGCAGUCUGUUUGGUUCUUCCUCACCAUUUGGUGCUUCAAGUCAACCUGCGUUUGGUGCCACUAGUGCCCCAGCAUUUGGUUCAACAAGCUCGCCAGCAUUUGGUGCAACUUCUACCCCAGCAUUUGGUGCAUCAAGCACCCCAGCUUUUGGUGCUGCUAGCACUCCAGCCUUCGGUUCUAACACCACACCAGCAUUUGGCUCUACAACAACCCCUUUGUUUGGUAAUACAGGAAUGUCAUUCGGGGCAUCCAGUACCCCAGCAUUCGGUGCUCAAAGCACAUCAUUGUUUGGUUCUUCAAGCACUCCAGCAUUUGGUGGAUCAAGUACUCCAGCUUUUGGUUCUUCCAGUUCUCCAGCUUUUGGUGGAUCAAGUACAUCUUCCUUCAGCUUUGGUUCUUCACCAUCUUUUGGCCAGUCGACACCCACAUUUGGUAGCUCACCAUUUAGUUCAACGCCCUCGCCUUUUGGAGCUCAGAGCUCUCCAUUUGGAACUCAGACACCAACACCUACAUUUGGGAGUCCUGGUUUUGGACAAUCAACUUUUGGGAGUCAAACUGGAGGCAGUAGAGUAGCACCCUAUAGUGCAACACCAGAGCCUGAUGCUAGCGGUACACAGCCUGCUGGAAAGCUAGAGUCAAUAUCUGCAAUGCCUAUUUACAAAGAUAAAAGCCAUGAGGAAUUGAGAUGGGAGGAUUAUCAACGUGGCGAUAAAGGUGGUCCAAACCCUGCUGGACAAUCAGGUGGAAUUAGUUUCCCUACUUCAACACAGGCAAAUCCAUUUGGUCAAACUAGUCCAUUUGGCCAGACAAGUCCAUUUGGUCAGACAAGUCCAUUUGGUCAAACUAGUACUUUUGGUCAAACGAGUGCAUUUGGGCAGCCUGCUGCAAAUCCUUUCUCAUCCACAACUUCUUCAAAUCCUUUUGCUCCUAAAACUCCAGCUUUUGGUUCUACUGGUUUUGGAUCAUCAUCAGCUUCACUUUUUAGCUCACCAUUCUCUUCAUCUUCAACAAGCCCUUUUGGUUCAACUUCUUCCACCCCUUCACUGUUUGGUGCACCUAGUGCCUCUGGAUUUGGUUCUAGUACUUCAUCCUCAAUUUUUGGCGGUGGAAGUGCGCCGGCAUUUGGCUCUUCACCUUCUAUUUUUGGCUCCUCAAUGGCGGGAUCCGCUUCUUCCUUUGGAUCUGGUCUAACUUUUGGCAACACUCAGUCAUCUGGGCUGUUUUCUUCUACUCCUUCCAUUGGGCAAACACCUUCGCCCUUUGGGCAGUCUACUGGUUUCCAACAGAGCAUGCCAGCUUUUGGUUCUAGUCUAUUCAGCGCACAACCAACUGGCUUUGGUGGAAGCCCAUUCAGCAGUUCAACACCUUCAUUGAGCAAUCCUGUAGGAUUUGGUCAAGCGACUCCAUCUCUUUCCACUCCUUUUCAACAGUCUGCUCCUGCACAAACGUCAAGUACCUUUUCUUUUGGUAAUUUCGGUCAGACGCAAACAGCUCCUUCUGGAGGGUUUGGCAGCUUCCCGAGCACCUUUAAUCAGGGAACUUUUGGACAGAGCAAUCCUGCCAUUCAAGCUAACAUUGUUAUGCAACCCACUUCCAUCACAAAUCCUUUUGGAACGCUCCCUGUGAUGCCUCAGAUGUCGAUUGGUCGUGUGGGAUCUUCUGCUCCAUCAGUUCAAUAUGGAAUUUCUAGCAUGCCUAUUUCUGACAAACCAGCUCCAGUAAGGAUAUCAUCUUUAGUGGCUCCUAGACACAUAUCACAGAGAAGAAUCCGUUUGCCAGCAAGGAGAUACCAUCCUAAAAGUGAUAGUGAAAGGGUACCGUUCUUCACUGAUGAUGAACUGGCUCCAGGAACUCCGAAGGCAGAUGCACUAUUUAUCCCAAGGGAGAAUCCAAGGGCACUGAUUAUUCGUCCAAAUGAACAAUGGCCAUCUACAAAUGGCGCUAACAAACAAUCAGUGCUGAAAAACAAUUUUGGUUCCGCUAGUGUCAAUGGUAAACUUUCUACAGUGCCAUCGGCUCCCAUUCUGGGUGAAUCCCAUGCAGCUGAUCUUGAUGCCAUUAUUGCAGGAGUCCCAGCUGAGAAUGGCCAUGCAGAACAAACUCCAUCUAAACCCCCUCAACAUCCAAAUGGCCUUAAAGACAACCACACUGAGAGGGUCAAAGAACCCCACUUCUCAAUCUCCAGCCGCAGAGCCAGCGAGGCUGCCAUUUCUUAUGAACAUGGCGCCGACAUCGAAGCACUCAUGCCAAAACUCUCUCUUGACAACUACUAUUCUGAACCAAGCAUUCCUGAACUGGCAGCCAAGGAGCGAGCUGAGCCCGGAUUCUGUCGCCGAGUAAAAGAUUUUGUCGUCGGUCGCAAAGCCUACGGAAGCAUAAAAUUCUUGGGCGAAACCGAUGUGCGAAGACUCGACCUCGAGUCCAUCAUUCAGUUCAACCAUCGUGAGGUGGUCGUCUACAGUGAUGAGAGCACUAAGCCACCUGUAGGUCAGGGACUCAACAAACCAGCUGAAGUGACCCUUCUGAACGUCAAAUGCUUGAACAAGAAAACUGGACAGAAAUAUAUUGAAGGGCCAAAGGUUGAGAAAUAUAGUGAGAUGUUGAAGAAGAAGAGUCUGGAACAGGGAGCUGAGUUUGUAGCAUUUGAUGCAGUGAAGGAGGAAUGGAAGUUCAGAGUGAAACAUUUCAGCAGAUAUGAGUUUCUAGUUGAGGAAGAUGAUGAUUUUACCUCUUAAUUAUCACCAUUAAAAAGGGCUUUAGAUAUUGUUUAAAGUGUUUGGGGCUUUCUGAAAAGUUGUAGUAAACGAAUGUUUUGGAAUUUAUAGUUUUGUUUUAUUUUGGUUGGUUGGUUGGUUAGUUUCUUUGUGGAUAUUUUGAUGGAUAUGGAUGGCUGUUUAGGCGUAUUGUACAAUUUGUGUUUCUAUUAAAUCUUUUAUUUUGCUUGAACUA